AUGGCGCGCCACCUCCUCGCCGUCCUCCUUGCAGCGUCACUCUUGCCCCCGCUCGCCCACCCUAACUCCACCUCGCCACCGCCCACCACCACCGCGUACGACGAGCUCCACCUCCGGGGCUUCCCGCGCGGCCUGCUCUCGGUCAACGCGUGUGCCUACACGCUCGACAUCGGCUCUGGGGACUUUAUCAUCGACCUUCGAUCCAGUUGCCGCAUCAUGCUGCCCGCAAGGAGCUACCUCGCCGCCUCUACCAACCGCCUCAUGGGCUGCCUCGACGACCACCUCAUCUCGAGCCUCGACGGCAUCCGUGUUAGAGCCUUCUUCCACUGGUGGGAAGUCACUCCUGCUCCCUUGCCUCAGAUGCCUCUCAAAAGUCUUCACUAG